UGCACCUAUCCGAAUCCAAAGUAGGCCUAUGUCAUUUUUCCACAUAGAGAAUAAUAAACGGGGAAAACAAAAAUUGCCAGUAUGACAAUUUUAGUUUGAAUUGUUGUUCCCGACACGAAUAUAUUAGUAUGCACGGCAAAAAUUAUUAGUAACAGCAAUAUUUCCCAAAAAUUUAAAGUUGUGUAUUUUUCGUUACAAUUUUCCUUUUUUUUUCUGUUUUAAAACGACACACCUUAACGAUUUUGAGAAUCGUUCGUCGUGGUCGUCGUGAUCGUUGUUGCUGAUCUGCCACCCUUUUUUUUGAGGAAGAAGGAAGAGAAGAAGAACGGAGUUAUUGGAAAAAUUGAAGCUUUUCUGAAUAUUCGCCAAAAAAGAUAAGGAAGAAAAUCGACCUAGAAGAGAACCAAGAGAGCACAAGAAGAGAAGUUUGUGAUUUCAAAGUACAGAAGGGAAAAGUUGUGUGCUGGAAGCUCGAUGAGAGCUGUCGCUAGACUUUAGUUGAAAACGGCGGCCAUACUUUCCAAAUAUACCGAAUCCAGGAAGGUAGUUUUGGCCAACAAAAUUAUGCCAACUCAAAAUAAUGGCCGUGGCUUGUAUGCUCGCAGCUCCGACAUUGAGGCCCUCUCACAGAGAGGAUAUAGUAUUGGGCGCAAGAUUGGGCGAGGAAGCUAUGCUACCGUGAUAACAGCUCAAUAUGUGGACGAGAAUGACAAGCGUGUCAGUUUGGCCUGCAAGGUAAUUGACAAGAGUAAAGCUCCGCCCGAUUUCUUAGAAAAGUUUUUCCCCCGCGAACUAGACAUUGUUACCAAGAUUGAGCACCCAUACAUAAUCCAGAUCCACAGUAUCUUGCAAAGAGGUCCGAAGAUAUUCAUUUUCAUGCGCUACGCAGAAAAUGGCGAUCUACUGGAUUAUAUUAAAAGCCACGGCCCCAUUAGUGAGAUACAGGCGAAAGUUUGGUUUUCCCAGAUGGUGAGAGCCUUGCGCUAUCUCCACUCGAAGGAGAUAUCUCAUCGUGACCUCAAGUGUGAAAAUAUCCUGCUGAGCAAGCGUAUGAACAUCAAAUUGGCCGAUUUCGGCUUCGCACGCUACUGCUCGGAUAGCGAUGGCAACAAGGUCAUGUCUCAGACCUAUUGUGGAUCAGCAGCGUACGCAGCACCGGAAGUGGUCAAGGGGACUCCAUACGACCCGAAGCUGGCCGAUGUGUGGUCAUUGGGUAUAAUUUUGUUUAUUAUGUUGAACGCUAAAAUGCCAUUCGACGAUUCCAAUCUCCACAAGCUGCUGGAGGAUCAGCAAAAUAAGAGGUUUAUAUUUCGCCAGAAGGUUGCUGAACGAAUAUCGGCCAAUGCAAAGGCCAUGGUUAAUGUCCUGCUUCAGCCUGAGUCGCAUAUGCGCUGGACCCUAGAAUUAGUCCUGAAUAGUAGAUGGCUGCGCAAGGAGGACGAUGAAGAAAUGCCACCGAGUGUUACUCGUGACGAAGAACUUAGUAGUAUCUCGGAAAAUGCGAAAGAAGUUUAAUUUUAUCCAAUGAAAAAACAAGGUGCAGAAGAAAACCCUCGGGAGGGGGGGCGUAGUGAAAAUUACUGGAACGGUGGACGACAGACCAGACCUUUAAUCGACCACUGGAAAAGAAGCUUACCACUUGCCUUUAGAUCCUCCAAAUAAACAGCAAAAGCCUCAACACCAAUCGAAAUAUUUUUCGAGCUAGAAACAAGGACAUUGUGGAAGGGAUGGCGAAAGGUUGAGCAAUAGCGAAAUUGUGGAUUCUCCAUCUCAUCUUGACCAAACACAACUUUUCCACAACUGUAGAUGAAACGCCCAUUCUUUACGAGAGACCAGCAUGAAGGCAAAACGGCCCAAACGAAUUAACGAAUAAGCAACGCAAACACAAGGAUUAAUACACCAAACUUGAAACUUUUCCAUUGACGAAUAUUGUCCAUUAUAUGUUUUGAGAGAAUGAUGAAGCUACGAACAUUCUAACAAACAAAUUCAAACUCACGCAAGUCCAAUCUAAUCAUUCAGAUGAAUUGAUCAAAAGUAAAUUAAUCGAAAAAAAAAUUAUUAUUUCUGCUUUUGAUUUCUAGUUUAAUCAUACUUUAUUUUUUUGAAUCUUUUUUUUUCCUGAAUUGUAUCAUGAAAUUAUAUUGUGUCUAUUAUAAGUGUCAUUUUUUCAGUAUUGAUAAAAGAAGAGUUAUUUUGAAA